GGUUACAAGCCUGUUUCUUUAACCACUGUACCACACAGCCUCCUACUGGGUAGACAGGUGCUAAUAAAGCAACCACAUAUGCUGCUUGUGCAACUUAUUUCUUUACACAACAGUUUCCCAGCUCAGCAGACCUACAGUUCCUUCACGGAAAGGUUUAAUGAUUAAUUAAGGGUGGCAACAAAGGAAGCGACUGCCUAUAACACAAAGCACUUAGGGUUCAAAAUGAUGGCACUGUAAAACAAAAAGUAAAAAGCUGUGCUGUGUAAAACAAAUGCAGAAAGCCCUCGUAUACUUUAAGGCAUAAUAAACGAUGUGUUUGUUACUGACAGGGUUAACACUAGUUUACAGCAAAAGGGGAUUAGGAGAUAAGCUUCUGGAAAAAAGACUGACUAUUCUGAUUUUAAAACAAUAAAACACAGUUUUUUGUCCAGCACUGUUCCAGAAGAGGGGCACUCUGUUCUCCAGCUGUGUUGAUAAUAUUAUCAUGUCAUUGCGCAAAGGCUAAUUUGUACUAAAAAUCUGUCAAGUUCACCGAGUGCACUGCAGCUCCAUAUAAAAAUGUUUGCACAACAGAGAAUUUAACAUAUUAGGAAUCUGAAAUGUCUCUAGGAGUCGAGCAGCCAUUACAGUCAUUAAUCAAGUUUGCAGUAAAACCAGGAACAGUCUUAUUUCCAUCCCUGCAUAAUGCCUCAACUAUACAUAGUACAGGUAAAGUUGUAAGGAUGACAUACAGGUGAACAAACUUGUUCCUCAAAGUGCCCAGGAUUCUCCUAAUUUCGAUAACUUUAUAAUGUUGUAAAAGAAACCCCCAAAGUUAGGCAGUUUGAGGUACAGAAAUGUCGCAGCCAAGUUUCAAGGGUAGGUUUGUAAACAUGUAAUCUAGUUAAUGAGCAGUCAGUGUUUGUUUUUCUUUUGGUGUCUCUUGUGUGGGACACACAUCAAGAUAAAAAUGUUGUGAAGCCCUGCUCUACAGAAGCGAGUUGGGGUUAAUAAAGCAGCACGUCGCCUCUGCCCUGUUAGAUCACCUCACAAGUAAGCCGACUUACUGGUUUCCAGUCCUUCUGGUCUCGCUAGGCUCUCUAACUCACUAUAGGCUCUGUGGAGGAGGCACUUUACUCCAGAACACAGGACUCCUGCGACAGGUGAUGGGCUCUGCUGAAGAACAGGUGGACAAGAUUUUAAAUGGCGAGGCGGUCCAGGUAUCCGGCUUUGAUUCAUCUCCUGAAACUGUUCGAUCAGUCGCUAUAAGGAAAACGGUCUGCUAUAUUGUGAGCGCAGUCAUCUUCAAUGAUAAGAACGAGGUCCUGAUGAUGCAGGAGGCAAAGAGAGACUGCUAUAAGAUGUGGUAUCUACCGGCUGGAAGAAUGGAAGAGAACGAGACCAUUGUAGAAGGGAUGAGGAGAGAGGUGAAGGAAGAGACUGGACUGGAGUGCAACCCUGUCACCCUGCUGCUUGUCGAGGAAAGCGGUCCCAGUUGGAUCAGAUUUACAUUUCUCGCAGAAGUGACAGGUGGCAGUAUAAAGACUACAGCAGAAGCUGACUCGGAAUCCCUUCAGGCCCAGUGGUGGGACAGAGUUUCUCCCCUUCCUCUGAGAGCCAAGGACAUCCUUCAUCUCAUUGAGGCUGGCGUUAAGUACAGAGAGAGCCCUUGGUUUCCCCACACCCUGCCUGUGGAACUACCAUGCUCGGUCGUCUGCGAAAGAGCCAUGGUAACAUAUGCAGAGUCCAAUAAUGACUUGUGGUUAUUGCUUGCCACUGAGGAACACCUUCCAGUCACAGUAUCUGGUACCUCUCCCUCUGAGAGAUCACAUACGGUCAAAGCAGCUGUUUAUAGGCUAGUGAAGGAAUGCAUGCAGCUCUCGCAAGUAAAGAUUAAAACCCGGGGUAUUUUAGGACUGCAGCAUCACGGAAAAAACCCAGGAAAUACGGACGGGAUCUGUUUUAAUACACUGCUGUCUAUCGAACACAAUUCUACCAGUGGUGCAAGCGAUGGGCCUCCUCCAGUACUGAACAGUGACAAGUUCUGCUGGUGGAAGGUAGACAAUGACAGUCUGAAAGACAAGAUCCUGCAAAGACUGGCUUUGCUUUCUGUUGUUCCUAUUCAUGCCUUAUUUUAAAACUGAAAUACUACCGACUCAAGAGAUCUACGGCAGUGAAAACACAGAUACAGCAUGCAAGAACUGAGCCACUAACUUCCAUUAAACUUUGCACUGUACUGUCUGUAAAAAAUGAAGCGAUUUCUAUUUAACGAAGAGCUGGGGAACAGGGUUGUUUGCUGGGCUUUGCCUUAUUAUAAUGUACUGUUAAUAAUCUCAGAUGCAGUUAAUGGUUAGGAGCAAUAGUGUAUUUCCACUGUCCACUGUCACCAUGCUUAGAUGCAUGCUAAAAUUGUAAAGCACCCUUUGAAUGAUAAUCUGUGCUAAAGAGGGGAAUGCAAAGACAUUUUACUCACCAACAUCAUGUCUGAUCCAUGUGUACUCAUUAUUCAGCCUGUUUGCAUGCAAUUCUCACUACAGUGAAACCCACUAGUUUGCAGAAGACUGUUCUCAUCAAGAAUGGUGACUGCUUCUCACAGCGGAAAUCACAAACAGAA